UGCGCAGGUUUUGGAUGUUGGAAAAAAAAAAGGCUUUUUUAUUUUUAUUUUUAAUUACUGGAGUUGGAUUCAAACAUGUUCAGGGAACUUUGGCUUUUGCAAGGGAUUGAUAGUUAAUACUUGUUUGCUUAAUUCAAGUUGUUUCUCGUGAAGAACUUUUUUUUCCCAAAAAAACACACACAUACUUUUGAGAGCUUUAUAAUUGUAUUAGGUUGUCCAAAAUCGAUUCAGAUUAGUUACAUUCUAUUGAAUUAUCGAUAUUUACGGUUUAAUCUCGAAGAGAAAGAUGGUUGCCUUUGGAAAGAAGUUGAAAGACAGACAAAUUCAAGAAUGGCAGGGAUAUUAUAUAAACUACAAACUCAUGAAGAAGCGAGUAAGGCAAUAUGCUCAGCAAAUUCAACUCGGAACACAAGAUCGCCGCCAUGUGCUCAAGGAUUUCUCCCGAAUGCUAGAUAAUCAGAUUGAGAAGAUUGUCCUUUUCCUUUUGGAGCAACAAGGGAUUUUGGCAAGCAGGAUAUCGAAGCUUGGAGAGCAGCAUGAUGCUCUUCUGCAGGAACCUGAAAUACAUAAAAUGUCUGAACUGCGAGAAGCUUAUAGAGAAGUGGGACAAGACCUAUUAAAGCUUCUUUUCUUUGUUGAGAUGAAUGCUAUUGGUUUGCGCAAGAUAUUGAAGAAGUUUGACAAACGUUUUGGCUAUAGAUUCACUGAUUAUUAUGUUAAAACUCGUGCGAAUCAUCCUUACUCUCAGCUGCAACAAGUGUUCAAGCAUGUGGGAAUAGGAGCUGUUGUGGGAGCCUUAUCUCGUAAUCUUCAUGAACUUCAGAACCGUCAAGGGAGCUAUUUAUCAAUUUAUGAUCAACCUACCCUUCCUCUCCAGGAUCCUGUCAUUGAUUCAAUAAAAGCAGCGGUUGACAGGUUAACUAACUCAACAAACUUCCUUAACUUUUUGGGGCAACAUGCUCUGAUUAUGCAAGAAGAGCUGCCAACCCCUACGGAGGAACAUGUUGAUGAUGAAAGAUACCAUUUCAUGUCUCUUAUCCUGAACUUGGCAAACACAUUUUUGUAUAUGGUCAAUACAUAUAUUAUUGUCCCUACAGCAGAUGACUACUCUAUGAGCCUUGGGGCUGCACCAACAGUUUGUGGUAUUGUAAUUGGGGCGAUGGCUGUUGCUCAGGUGUUCUCUUCGGUAUAUUUUAGUGCGUGGUCAAAUAGAUCAUACUUCAGACCUCUUGUCUUCAGUAGCAUAACUCUCUUUCUUGGAAAUAUCCUGUAUGCAUUGGCAUACGAUGCUCGUUCGUUAUGGAUUCUCUUGAUUGGUCGUGUGUUCUGUGGAUUGGGUUCUGCCAGAGCCGUUAAUAGGCGUUAUAUCAGUGACUGUGUGCCUCUCAAAAUCCGGAUGCAAGCAUCGGCUGCUUUCGUUAGUGCCAGCGCUCUUGGCAUGGCUUGUGGUCCUGCAUUAGCUGGCAUAUUGCAGACAGAUUUUAAGAUUUACAAGCUUACAUUUAAUCAAAAUACGUUGCCCGGUUGGGUUAUGGGUGUUGCUUGGCUGAUAUAUCUCAUAUGGUUGUGGAUCACUUUCAAGGAACCUUCUCAUGAACCCGUAGAGAAUGAGGAUCACGUGAAUAAUCAUCAACCAAAUGAUGAAGUGAACAAUGCACUUGAACAAGGCCUAAAACAGCCAUUGCUGAUUACUUCGGAUGAUAAGGGAGAUGAAGAAGCCGAUCAAGAUUAUGAUGAUAGUGAAGAAGCUUCAGAAGAAUCUCGUCUACCAGCGACUUCAAUUCGGUCUGCAUACAGACUGCUCACUCCAUCUGUGAAGGUUCAGUUAUUGAUAUAUUUUAUGCUCAAAUAUGUAAUGGAGAUUUUACUAUCGGAAUCUAGUGUGAUCACAACAUACUACUUUAACUGGUCAACAAGCAGAGUUGCACUUUUUCUCGCAUGCCUCGGAUUGACUGUUCUUCCUGUAAACAUUGUUGUUGGAAGCUAUAUAAGCAACAUGUUUGAGGACAGGCAAAUUCUGUUGGUAUCGGAAAUUAUGGUUUGCAUUGGUGUACUCCUUAGCUUCCAUUUGAUUAUUCCAUACUCCGUGCCACAAUACAUAUGUUCUGGCCUCCUUUUGUUUGUUUCGGCAGAAGUACUUGAAGGUGUCAACUUGUCACUGCUUUCGCGAGUUAUGUCCUCAAGGCUUUCUCGUGGAACCUACAACGGAGGGCUCUUGUCGACCGAGGCUGGAACAAUUGCGAGAGUUAUAGCAGACGCAACCAUCACCCUGGCCGGUUACUUGGGUGAGAGUAAUCUCCUUAAUGUCACACUGCUUCCUUCACUCUUCAUUUCCAUAGCCUCCAUCUUAGCAACAUGCUAUACCUACAAUUCAUUAUAUUAGUUUAUGUUCCUGAGUUUCUCUGAGGCUGAGAUGGUAAGAGUAGAAUGCUCUUCAACAUGACCUCACUUAUUAUCUGUCAUUCUUUGUCUCCAGUCCAUAAUUUUGAUUAGUUAAGUGAUUGUGGCUACAUAAGGUAGAAGUAGUAGCUAGUCUUUCAUUAUGUAGGGUGACAAAAUGUGAAUUAUUGGCCGAAUAGAUUCCUUAAUUGUCACUAAUUUUUCUGUGAUAAUUAACUUGGUUUAAUUUUCUUAGAUGUUCUAAACUAAAUAAUAUGUUGCGCCAUGGUGUGCUUUUUUUUUU